AUGGGUAGAAGAGCAAAGAAUAAGCAAGGUGUGCCACCAACUUUUGAUGAGUUUCAGGCCUCAAAAUUGAAAAACGACACUAAAAGAAAAAGAAAUGGUGCUAAAGAACAGAAAAAUGAUUUACCCGUUUCUAAAAAACCAAAGUCAAGUACAAGUUCCAGCAAACAAACUGAUCGUGCUGAAAGUUCUAAACCAAAGCCAAAGACUAAAUCAAAAGUGACUAAAGAUGUUGAGGUUGAAGAGGAAGUCGAAAAUUUACCAGAAGUUGAUCUUGAAGAAUUAGCUUCUGCUAAGAAAUCCCUUUUUGAUGAUUCAGAAGAGGAAGAGUUGGACGAUGAAUUUGACGUCGAAGGUGAAGAAGACUUUGAUUCAGAUGAAGGAGAGCGUGCCAGACCCAUGUUUUCAGAUGACGAGGAUGAAGAUUUGGAAGACUUGAAUGCUGAAAAUAUGGAACUUUAUUCCAAGAGAUUAGAUGAGGAAGAGAGAUUGGAAGCAGAAGAGGCAGAAAAGGAAUUGCUAGAAGCAGAAACUAAACAACCCAGAGCGAAAGUCUUGCCAACAGCUGAAGAAGAAGAAGAAAUGGCCAAAGGUCCUCAGGAUGUGACUAUGGUAAGAACAAGAAUGCUUGAAGUUGUUAAAGUUUUGGAAAAUUUCAAAGAGUUGGCAGAAGAAGGAACAUCAAGAACAGAUUACACUAACAGAUUGUUAAAAGAUAUAUGUGAAUAUUUUGGAUAUUCGGAAUUUUUAGCUGAAAAAUUAUUCAAUUUAUUCUCACCAGCAGAAGCAAUGGAGUUCUUUGAAGCUAAUGAGAUUGCAAGACCAAUAACUAUAAGAACAAACACAUUAAAGACAAGAAGAAGAGAUUUGGCCCAAGCUUUGGUCAAUAAAGGUGUAAACUUGCAGCCAAUUGGAUCUUGGACAAAAGUUGGUUUACAGAUAUUUGAUUCCCAAGUCCCUAUUGGUGCUACCCCUGAGUAUUUGGCUGGGCAGUAUAUCUUGCAAGCGGCAUCCUCCUUUUUGCCUGUUAUGGCAUUGGAACCACAGGAAAACGAACGUAUAUUAGAUAUGGCAGCAGCACCAGGUGGUAAAACUACAUAUAUUUCGGCAUUAAUGAAAAACACUGGGUGUGUUUUUGCCAACGAUGCCAACAAAGCACGUACAAAAUCUUUAAUUGCAAAUAUUCAUAGAUUGGGAUGUAAAAACACGAUUGUAUGUAAUUAUGAUGCUAGAGAAUUCCCUAAAGUGAUUGGUGGGUUUGAUAGAGUUUUAUUAGAUGCCCCAUGUUCUGGUACCGGUGUUAUUGCCAAAGAUGAAUCAGUCAAAGUGAGUCGUACAGAAAAGGAUUUUAUGCAAAUUCCUCAUUUGCAAAAGCAGUUGUUAUUGUCUGCUAUAGAUUCAGUUGAUGCCCAUUCAUCUACAGGGGGUGUCAUUGUGUAUUCUACAUGUUCUAUCGCUGUAGACGAAAAUGAGGCUGUUGUCGAUUAUGCUUUGAGAAAAAGACCAAAUGUUAAGUUGGUGGACACUGGAUUGACCAUUGGUAAAGAGGGUUUCACAUCUUACCGUGGAAAACACUUUAAUCCGAAAAUUUCGUUGACUAGACGUUAUUAUCCUCAUACCUAUAAUGUCGAUGGAUUUUACGUUGCAAAAUUCAAGAAAAUUGCUCCUUCUCCACACGAUAUUUCCAAAGCUGGUGCUAAGGAGAAAGAGAAUGCCGCUAGAGCAGAAGCUGAAGAAGAGGGUAUUAUUCAUGGAGACUUCGCAGAGUUCGAUGACGAAGAAGAUAAGGAAAUUAUGGAAAAGUCAAAAAAGCAUAGUUUAAGAAAAAAAGGUAUUAACCCUAACGCUACUAAAAAAUAG